UGUAAAACGAUUCGGUAGGGUAUUGGCCAAAAUUGAACGCUUAGGACACGCCCUAAGCAGCACGGACAGAUCUCUCCUUAUGAAUGCCAAUGUAUGGCCAAGUUCAGCCCCAAGGUCCAUGCUCCUGCCAUCCCACGGAUGCUCCUGCCAUCCCACGGAUGCUCCUGCUGUUCCCUCGGAUCCCAGUGUUCAACUCAGUCCAGACCAUUCCAUCGUCAAGCUCUCAUAAUCCAUCGACACUCCAUCGACACUCCAUCGACACUCCAUCGACACUCCAUCGCCUUUCCUUUGACUCUUCUCAGGAUCAGGCGAUCCCUCAUUCUAUCGCCCUCGGCUAUUUAUUCGUCUCAUCGGAUGCCCGCGCCACUCAGCUCUGAAUUGCUCGACUGCUUGAAGGGAGUCGUUAGGCGUCGUUAGGCGUCGCCUGGAGUCGCUAGGAGUCGCUAGUAAGGUCGGGUGGGAGUUUCCCUUUGGGAGUCCCUGCCACUUGUCGUACUGGCAACAAUGUCACCUACUGGUAUCAUCCGGCGCCGCGUCGGCCGCUCAUCGAUGCUUCCGCCGUUUCUCCUGCUUCUGCUCUCCGUCGUCCUCUCAUCGUCGCAUCAUUUUCGCCCGGUCGUCGCACAGCAGUGCUCUGCGACGAUUCUCUGCGCCAACAAUCUCUGCUGCAGCAAGUGGGGCUGGUGCGGCUCCACCGUCGACUACUGCGGCUCCGGCUGUCUAUCCGGGCCAUGCGCUGGCGGCACCUCCGCCUCCCCUCCUCCGCCUACUAGCUCUCCGCCUCCCCCGACCAGCUCCCCCCCUCCGCCUACGAGCUCUCCGCCUCCCCCCACGAGCUCCCCUCCUCCGCCUGCUACCAGCUCGCCCCCGGUCUCCACCAACGGCCAGUGCGGAGCGCAGAACGGCAACAGCAUCUGCCCCAACGGCCUCUGCUGCAGCAUCCACGGGUGGUGCGGCUCCACCCUUGACUAUUGCGGCCCCGGCUGUCAGUCCCAGUGCUGGCCCUCCUCCUCCUCCUCCCCUCCUCCCCCUUCCCCCUCCACGUCUCCCUCCCCCCCUCCUCCCUCCACAUCUCCCUCCCCUCCGCCUCCCUCUACGUCCCCCUCCCCCCCUCCCCCCUCCACGGCCUCUCCUCCGCCGCCCACCUCUGGUCUGAAGCGCAUGGCGUACUUCGUCAACUGGGCGGGCAUGGACCCAUCUGCCGUCCCUGCUGCUUCGCUCACCCAUGUCUUCUACGCCUUUGCUCUCAUCGAUGCCUCCACGUACAAGUUAUGCCACAUAUAAGGUUCAGUAGGCUGUUAGCAUGCGAACCCCAUCUGCCUUCCCUGCUGCCACGCUCACCCAUGUCUUCUACGCCUUUUCUCUCAUUGAUGCAACCACACACAAGGUAUGCCACAUAUAAGGUACAGUGGUCUCUUAGCACGCAAAGCCCACCUCUAGAGCCCAUCUGCCGUCCCUGCUGCCGUCCCUGCUGCCUUCCCUGCUGCCUCGCUCACCCGUGUCUUCUACGCCUUUGCUCUCAUUGACGCCACCGCAUACAAGGUACUGUGCCGCAUGCAAGGUGCAGUAGGCUCCCAGCAUGCGAACCCCACCUGUAGGAUCCAUUGCCGUUCCUGCCGCCUCGCCUUUGCUCUGAUCGACGCCACCACAUACAAGGUACAGCGAUCUCUUAGCAUGCAAACCCCUUACCUCUAGAGCCCAUCCGCCGUCCCUGCUGCCUCGCUCACCCAUGUCUUCUACGCCUUUGCUCUCAUCGAUGCCAUCACGUAUAAGGUACCGUACCUCUUACAGAUGUUUUCUGCGCUUCUUAUUCAUUAAUGCUUCACAUUUUCUCCCUCCUUCCGCCUGUAUUCUGAGCUAACCUGAUCGUUUUAUUCCUAUUUCUGUUGUCCCCCCCCACAGUUCAUCCCAUCUAACCCCUCUGUUGACGUCACCGGGGGUCUCUAACUCCGCUUCAAAUUCGACCUAGAGAAUGCCAACCCCGCCCGCCAUCAAGACCCGUGUUUCCUUUGCUUCUUCCCAUCUCACCCACCUGUCUCCCUCUCACAUCAGGUCAUCCCCUCCAACCCCUAUGCGGAUGUCACACAAGGCCUCUACCUCCGUUUCAACAACAUCUUAAAGACCGCCAACCCGUCACUUAAAACCCUCCUCUCCAUCGGCGGCUACUCUGCCGGCACCGCUGUCUUCGUCAACGCCGCCUCCUCCGCCUCCUCCCGCUCCGCCUUCAUCCAGUCCGCAAUCUAUUUUGCCCGCACCUACAAUUUCGACGGUCUGGAUAUCGACUGGGAGUACCCGACGGGCCAGAUCGCGCUCUUUUCCGCCCUGCUCACCGACUUCCGGGCGGCGAUCGAAUCCGAAGCUGCAGCUUCGGGGAAGCCGAAGCUGCUGCUCACCGCAGCGGUUUCCUGCUACGAGCCAACGGUUACUCAGGCGUACGACGUCCCGACGCUUAACAAAACGCUAGACUUUGUCAACAUAAUGACGUACGAUAUCCAUGGGUCGUGGGAGCUGAAGACUGGCAUGCACACUGCUCUGGAGGAUCUAAGCAAUCCGCAGCUGAGCCUCAAGGGCGCCAUGGCUGCCUGGGUCAACCGAGGCUUGGCCAAGAGCAAGGCCAUGCUAGGCUUGGCGAUGUACGGCCGGACCUGGACUCUAGCUUCGACGAGCAGCACUGGGGUUGGAGCUGCUGCGACCGGGCCUGGUUUGGCUGGGUCUGUCAGUCAGGAAUCUGGGGUUCUCUUUUACAAGGAAAUUGCCCAGUUGGUAGCUACUGGAGGCUACAAGGCUACACUCCACACUGCAUCGUCAUCCAUUUAUGCGGUGAAGGGUAACCAAUGGGUUGGUUAUGACAACCCAUCGACUAUCACCACUAAGGUGAAUUAUGCCAAGGCUCAAAGCUUUGGAGGGUGGUUCUUUUGGGCCCUAAGCCAAGAUCUUAAUAAUGCUCUGCUUGGUGCUGCUGCAGCUCUGUGAGCGGUGUACUGCUGAAUUCCGGUUUGUGAACAGCCAUUUCUUGUACGGUAUUGUUGAAUGUUGGCAGGAGGUUGAAAGUUUGUCUUAAUUCAGUUGGAUGCU